AUGUCGCGUGUGUAUCUUCGGCCCGCCUGUGCCCAAGAUCUCCCCAGCAUUGCAGAUCUGGCCGCACAGGCCAUGGUAGAGGAUGAACUCUUUAUCCAUCUCUGCCCGCACCGUUAUGAGCAUUAUGCAGAUUUCCGCUAUGGCUUUGUUCGUCGUUUAAAGAAGCGACUGGUGACUCCGGGGUAUAUUAUAAUGGUCGCGGUGGAGCAGGAGGGUCAGGGUGUGGGUGAGGUGAUUCUCCUUAGUCCUUAUGUCCUACCCAUGGUCCUCCCACUGACACCUCCCUCAGCUCUGGAGCGAAAGCUCCUAGCUUUAGAAGAUAGUUAUCUCGCACUGAUUUGCCCCGAUCGCAGUGUUGAUCCCCACCGACUUGCGCAUUAUACGGCUUCUAUCUCGGAUUGCUUCCCUUUUGCGGAUUACCCAGACAUGUGGUUUCUUGCCACUCUGGCUGUUGACCCUACAUUUCAGCGCCGGGGGAUAGGUCAGCAAUUAGUACAUUGGGGCUUGCAGCAGGCAGUGCGGGACAAUGUAUCUGUGGGGCUGGAAGCCAGUGUCAAAGGUACUGGGCUCUAUGAAAAGUUGGGAUUUCGAACAAUAAACACACUGGAAUUAAUGCCAGGCAUCAUCAUUCGAGCCAUGCUCUACGACCAACCGCUUCCUUCCGAACAGAUCCACCCUUGA